ACGUCACACGGCAGGGGAGCGUUGAAAAUUACGCCGAAAGCUGAAAGGAUACAUGACUGUUUACUGAAAUAAUGAAAUAAAAGUGCUCUUUUCACAUCCGAUAGUGCGCUUUGUACACUACAAUUCAAGCUUAAAGCAGGAGUGGCAAUUUUACCCAUGAAAUUACGACGAAAGUAGCGUUUUAGAUCAUGUUUCGUUGCCUCCUACCAUGGCGUUGCAAUCGUCAAGUUGAGUACAUAGAUCGAAGACAUGCUAAUUUAGUCUUCAUUCCUGACGAAAUCUACAGAUAUGAACGAUAUUUACAAGAACUAUACUUGGACGCCAACCAGAUUAAAGAUUUACCAAGGGCAUUCUUUCGUUUGUAUAACCUAACACAUUUGGGUAUCAGCGACAAUGAAAUAGCCAGAUUACCCCCAGAAAUAGGCAACUUAACGAAUUUGGAGGAGUUUGAUAUAAGCAGAAACGACAUUUGUGACGUGCCCGAAAAUAUAAAGUUCUGCAAAGCUUUGGUGACUGUCGAUUUUAGUGGCAAUCCACUCUCAAGACUCCCAGAUGGAUUUACCCAACUAAAGUGUUUGACAAGUUUAUGUUUGAAUGAUGUGUCCUUGGUUCGUUUGCCCCCGGAUAUUGGCAGCCUGGCUGAGUUGCAAGUGCUAGAACUACGAGAGAAUUUGAUCAAGUUUAUACCAGUUUCCCUGUCAUUCUUGACUAAACUGGAAAGGCUGGAUCUUGGUUGCAAUGAGUUAGAGGAUUUGCCUGAUAUAAUUGGCUCCCUUCCUGAACUUGUGGAAUUAUGGCUGGAUGGAAAUCUUCUUCGAACUCUGCCAAUGGAAAUUGGCAACCUAAAACGUCUCCAGAUAUUUGAUUGUUCAGAGAACAGGAUAGAAUACCUUCCAGAUGAGAUCAAUGGGCUGUCUGCUCUGACAGAUUUCCAUUUGUCUCAAAAUUUACUUGAGAUCAUUCCUGACACCAUUGGGGAAUUGAAACAAAUGCAGAUGCUAAAAGUUGAUCAGAACAGGCUGAUACAGUUGACAGAUUUCAUCGGAGGAGCAACCACCCUGACAGAAUUAGUUCUAACAGACAACUUAUUAGAGGAACUGCCAUCAUCCAUUGGCAAAUUGAUAAAUCUCUCUGUUUUUAAUAUCGAUCGAAAUCAGCUUCAGAUUCUUCCGGUUGAGAUUGGAAACUGUAGCAGUCUGUCCGUGUUGUCAAUGAGAGAAAACUUCCUCACAAGAUUGCCCUCGGAGAUCGGGAAUUGUCGUAAUCUACAUGUUCUUGAUGUCUCGGGAAAUAGAAUGGAAAACUUACCGCUAACAAUCGGGACUCUGCCAUUGAAGGCGCUCUGGUUGUCUGAAAAUCAGUCAAAACCGAUAUUGAAAUUGCAAACAGAAGAUGACGAGAGGACGAACACCCGGGUCCUGACAUGUUUUCUGUUGCCUCAGACCGAACAACAGUUUGAUCUCGAGGACUAUGAUUUGGAUGAAAAUCGCGAAGACUUCCAUUUUGAACCACGCGAUAAGCCACCAGUUGAACUUGGUUUUGUCAACGAACACGUGAGGUUCUCUGACGAGGAGUCAGAUCAUGAUGAAGACAGACUGGGUGAUUUCAUCCGUCAUGACACGCCACAUCCCAAAGACCUCAAAGGCCGACAUCCAAAAAUGUUUUCACACAAGCCAAGAUCAGAUUCGAUGAACUCUGAAGAGGAAAGGCGGAGAUCAAAAGGCCUGGAGUCAGGAUCGGACACAGAGCACGACAGACCGCGGAAAGCUGGAGUGAGAAUACAGGAUCCUGAGCCUGCAGUCCGCAUCCAGGAGCAACCAGCUGUGAUUGAAGAUGAAAAAGAAGCGUUGAUUUUAACACCAACUAUCGAAGUACCACAAGAGAGUUCUCCAUUCAUAGAGGGUGGCGAACAUAAUGAAGAACCAUCCAGUGACGAGGGUGAAGAUGGUGAAAGAACUGUCGGAUUUCUUGUCGCUGACGACGAGGAUACGGAAGAACGCUUCGAUAGUAAAUUAAAGAGAACCAACACUCCUCACUACACCAAGGGAAAGAGAUUGUACACAGACAAGGAAGAUAUUCAAGAAAAAUUUCAUGAAAUAAUGGCAAAGGUUGGACAACGGAAUGAAGACGAUUCAGACGAACAACGGUUUUUACAUGUCUUCUGUUACCUUAAGGAGAGUGGAGAGGAAGGUGAACACUCCAGAGAUGAUGAAGAUGGUGAACGUCCUCCAUCAGCUCAUCUCAACGGCAUCAAUGGACAUUUAAACAAGGAUGGCGACGAUCAUUUCGUGACGGUCACGAAAAUCGUAGAGGAGAUAACGUACACGUUAGUAAGGAAUGGUGCGGGACUUGGCAUCAAUAUCGCUGGAGGAAAAGGCUCGACACCUUAUCGUGACAACGACGAGGGUGUUUUUAUAUCGAGAAUCAACGAGAAAGGACCCGUAGGCAGGGAUGGUGUCUUGCAACCUGGCGAUAAACUAAUAUCUGUAAAUGACGUGGACAUCAGCGAGGCGAGUCACAAUGAGGCGGUCCAGGUGCUCAGUAAUGCUGGUGAUACCGUCAAGAUGGUUAUAUUACGAGAGACCGAGGAACUUGCCGACGCCGUCACGGAGAAUGGCGAGGAGGAACCGAAGGUCGAACCGAGUGAGGUGCCUAAUAAAGCCCCGAAGGAAGUGAAAAAGUCUGGAGUGAGGUUCGCAGCAGAGCCGGAAAUGGAAGAGAUUGAGACAGCCACAGAGACGGAGACGAUAGUACUAAGUAAGCGUGACAAUAAAGGACUGGGGUUUAGCAUUGCUGGGGGUCGUGGAUCGACUCCUUAUAAGGGAACAGAUCAGGCUAUUUUCAUCUCGAAACUCGCCCCGGGCGGUACGGCCGAGUUAGAUCGAAGGCUUAAUAUUGGUGAUAAGGUUUUAUCAAUCAAUCGUAAAUCAGUAGCUAACGCCAGUCACGAAGAGGCUGUGGCCCUACUUACCAGCAGUUAUCCCUCAGUAACCCUGGUAGUCACUCGUGAGCGAGUUUUGGAGAAACGAAUGACGCCGCUGUCCAAGCAUCGCGAAGACUCCCUGAUAAACAAAAGAAUAGCGGAAAAGGAACUCAUUCAAGAUGCCAUGAUCCGAGCUUCAGCAGAGGAUACAAAUCACGUGGACAAUGAUAGUGAUGACGAAUUUGAUCGACCGAAAGUUGAGAGAGUUGAGUUGAAGAAAGGCAACGGUCCUCUGGGAUUUAGUGUUGUUGGGGGCUCGGAUCAUGCUUGUCAUCCAUUUGGUAUAGACGAACCUGGGCUUUUUAUCUCAAAGAUCGUACCAAAUGGAGCGGCUGCUAAUACAAAUCUACGAGUUGGUGAUCGUAUCUUAGCCGUGAAUGGUAAAGAUAUGACAAGAUCAACGCAUCACGAUGCUGUCACCGCUUUGAUAUCAAACGUUACGUCCAUAAAAAUGUUGGUGCGUCAUGAUCCACCACCCCCCGGUCUCAUGGAUAUCACGAUUAUGAAAAAUCCCGGUGAGAAGCUUGGUAUAAGUAUACGAGGGGGCGCCAAGGGUCAUCCGGGGAAUCCAUUGGAUACUAAGGAUGAAGGGAUCUUCAUAUCAAAGGUUAACGAAAGUGGUGCUGCAGCCAAGGAUAAAAGAUUGCAUGUCGGACAGAGGAUACUCGAGGUCAACGGCACCAGUCUUUUAGGAGCAACGCACAUGGAGGCCGUCCGUUCAUUACGUAGCGUUGGUGAUCGCCUCUCAUUGGUCGUGGCUGAUGGUUACGAUGUCUCGAAAGUAGAGGCGAUGGUUGGUGUGAUCUCCAAUCCUUUAGCAGCGGGGGAUAGUCUCAGCUCUCCCGAUGAACACAAACAUUUUGGAUACGACUCUGACCGCUCCAGUGUCCGAGUUAGUUUAAACGAAAAAGAAAUGUCGAAAGAACCUCCCAAUAAACUUACGAAUGCGGAUGGCGAAGUACAAGCGGACGGAAUUAUCACUCGUUCGCAAACUACAGUACCCGAGACUCGCCAGGCACCGCCAGCUGAUUUUCAUCUACCUCUAAAUAACUCAAUAAAAACUCCCCCGCAAACUGCGAACUCACCCUCGUCCCUCGGGCGUUCCCCCUCGGGAAGCCUCACACCUUCUGAACAACGUGCUUUGGACGCGGAAAAACGUGCGGCCUGGAGACAAGCACGAAUGCGGGAACUCGAAGAGGACGCGUUGAAAGCGCAAGUUGUUAUUGCUCAGGUUAAAGCAAUGUCCGCAACUUCGCUUGAAGGGACCUCCCUGUCUGACGAGGAUAGAAAAAUACCUCCAACAGACCAUUUAAAUAAUACUUCUACGAAGUUAACUGCUUAGUUUUCUGGAUAUAAUCGAGCGAUUUGUUCGACCAAGUUCUGCAUAUAUUUGGCUGUGUAUAUCAUGAGAGAGAAGAGAGUGCGGAAAAUCGUGGAAAACUCUUGAGUCUGGGCACCACUGCUUGAUUGAUGUAGGAAGCUUCUUUGUGCCUUUGGUUGACUUAAACUACGAUAUUAUCCGGGAAAUACGCGCUAAAUUUUAACAAUAUAUGAGUUUUAUGUACGUGCGUCGAGAAAUAGUCGCAAACAUGCAGUUGUUAUAGGAAAAAAGGUGGAGUUUGUGGAAGGAAUAGUUUGAAGGAAUGCCAAAUAACGAGAUCUAUUUUAACAAUAUAUCCAAUCACACGAGGUUGGAACGAGAUUAUGGUUCUUGAAAUCAAGGCUUGCUGCAGAGAAUUGUGAAAAAUAAAGGUGGAAUGAAAUCAUUGUAAAGGGGGAAAAGGGAGGCUGUAAGUUAUCUAAGGUUUGUGGUUUAUGGAAGAAUGUUGUCCUCACACAAGAAGAUAACUGAAGAUAUUUGAACGGUGGGAUUUGCUGAAGAUGCUGCAAGUUCCGCUAUUCGAGUCCCACUAGAGUAAUUUUUCUACCUCAAAACAAAAUGGCCUUCAAAGAGAAACGAUCCUCUAUCAUUCGUCGACUGUUCCUAUGUUCUAUCAACUGUUCAUCAAUGUUCCUUGUAUGAAGUGUAUUCAUUGGAUUUUAACUUGCAGAAUCCAUUAGCUCCUGGAAUGUAUUUUACCAAUCUUUAGAAACCUUAUACAUUUUAGUUAUUUUACAAUUUAUUGCUCUUCUCUUAGGCCGUUUCAAGGUACAAAUAUUUGAAGGAUUUUUAGACCUAAUUCUAGACGUAUUUUAUACUGUAUAAAGAUGUUGUACAAUUAUUAUGAAACCAUUUCAA